ACUAGAGUUCUACUGAUUAGCUAGCUAUAAAACGAACUGAGAUCUAGACACCAUAACCAUACUAGCUUAGCUACCUACAAUGGAAGAUGUAGUGGUGAUGUUCCCCUCUGUUGGAAUGGGCCACUUCAUUUCAAUGGUGGAGCUCGGAGAACUCAUCCUCACCCACGACCCUUCACUCUCCAUCACCAUCCUCCUCACUCCUAAGCAUUACGAAGCAGCCUCCGCCGCUAAUUACAUCAAAACCAUCACCGGAACCACCCCUUCCAUCAACUUCCACCAUCUCCGACCCCUCCACCACCCUCCACCUGAUUCUUCCAUUCAUUUCUUCGACMUUGUAUAUCAACUCAUCAAGCAAUACAGACCCGUCGUCAGAGACGCCCUCCAAUCCAUCUCGGAGAAAUCAAACAUCAAAGCUGUCAUCCUUGAUUUCAUGUCGAAUCAUGCUUUUGAAGUCUGUAGAAGCCUCAACAUACCCACCUACUUCUUGUUCACCGGCAGCGCAUUUGGCGCCGGCAUAAUGUUGUACCUCCGGACAAUGCUCGAGAACUUACCUGGGAGCUUGAAAGAUCAGAAAUUUUACAUUGAAGCUCCGGGAAAUCCGCCGAUUUGUUCUCUGGAUAUGCCGUCGACGUUGCAGGAUAAAGACACUGAUUCUUACAAAAACUUAAUCUGCACAUCAGAAAAUAUGGCGAAAUCCAGUGGUAUCAUUGUCAACACGUUUGCGGCUCUUGAGCCAAGGGUCAUGAAAGCGCUCGCCGAUGGGGAGUACAUCCCAGACGGUCCAACUCCGCCAACUUACUACGUUGGGCCACUGAUUAAAGGUAAUACCGGUGACGAUAAGUGUUUAGACUGGCUGAGUUCGCAACCGAGUAAAAGCGUGGUGGUUUUGAUUUUUGGUAGUCUGGGGAAGUUGAAGAAGGAUCAGCUGAUCGAAAUAGCGAAGGGGUUAGAGAAAAGUGGACAAAGAUUUCUCUGGGUGGUCCGGAAUCCACCGCCGGAAAAUGAAGCAGGUCAUGCCUUUGAGUUCAAAGAUCCGGAUCUUGACGACUUACUUCCGGCAGGGUUCUUAGACCGGACUAAAGAGAUGGGGUUGGUGGUGAACAACUGGGCACCACAAGGUGAAAUACUGAGACAUGAGUCAGUGGGUGGGUUUGUCUGCCAUUGUGGGUGGAACUCAGUUCUAGAAGCUAUGCAUGCCGGCGUACCAUUGGUGGCAUGGCCGUUGUAUGCAGAACAAAGGAUGAACAGGGUGCAUCUAGUGGAGGGGAUCAAGGUGGCUCUGAGGUUGAAGAUGUCGGAGGAAGGGUUUGUGACGGCGGAGGAGUUGGCGGAGAGAUUGAGGGAGUUGAUGGAGGAAGAAAGUGGAAGGAAGAUAAGAGAUCAUGUUUCGAAUAUGAGUAUAAGUGCUAAAGCAGCGGUGGCGGACGGUGGUUCGUCCCGAGUUGCCGUAGCUGAGUUGGUCGAGUCACUAAAAUCAGUGCGAGUUUAG